AUGGCUGCCUUUGUUUACCUAUCUAAAGAAGUACUGUCGGGAUUUGACAAUUACAAGUAUAGUGCCGUGGACACAAGCCCGGUUAGCAAGUACAUUUGUCACCCUUUCUGGAACAGAUGUGUCAACCUUGUGCCAAUAUGGCUGGCCCCGAACAUCCUGACCUUGUCUGGGUUCCUCUUCCUGCUGCUGAACUUCGUAGUGAUGACCUAUUAUGACCCUCAUUUUUAUGCAGCAUGCCGAGAUCACCCAGAACAUCCUCCCAUUCCCAACUGGGUCUGGUUAAUGGGAGCCGUCAACAAUUUUUUGGCACAUACGCUUGAUGGCAUAGAUGGCAAGCAGGCCCGCAGAACAAAAACAUCAUCACCACUUGGGGAACUCUUUGAUCACGGCCUAGAUAGCUGGGCCACCCUGUUCCUGCCUGUAGCCGUCUUCUGUAUAUUUGGUCGAGGGGAGCACGGUGUCAAUGUGUUCCGUGUGUUUCUUUGUGUAGUUGGCAUCAUGAUGUGUUUUGUCCUUAGCCACUGGGAGAAGUACAACACUGGUGUCUUGUUUUUGCCAUGGGGAUAUGACAUUGGACAAAUAAUCAUGACGUUUAUUUUCUUGAUCACAUAUUACGGUGGCCAUGACAUUUGGAAGUUCAGAAUACCCAUUCUCUACUGGUCUGCUGCAGAAACAUUUGAAAUUUUAUUGUAUGCUGGUUUUGUUGGUCUAACUUUUCCAUUCACAUUCUACAAUAUAUAUAGAUCUUAUAAAGAUAAAUCAGGGAAGAUGCAUUCCUUCUCUGAAGCAAUGCGUCCUCUUGUCUCAACAUUUGUGUUGUUUGGGCUCAUGAUUUACUGGGCAGUAGUGUCGUCGUGUGAUAUCAUUGAGCUGCAGCCCAGGCUUUUCUACUGGACAACAGGGACUGCAUUCUCACAUAUAGCAUGCCAUUUGAUUAUUGCCCAGAUGAGUGGAACCAGGUGUGAACUGAUCAACAAUUCAUUGCUCCCGCUGAUCACUAUUGUAACCAUUGUUCGCUUUCUGACUCUUGGCACAUGGGAAAUCGCCUUACUGUGGGCCUACUGUAUUUAUAUCACCGUCAAACACAUUAUUUUUGGUGUGAGUGUGGUCAAGGAAAUGUGUGAGCACUUCAGGAUCCAAGCGUUUUCAAUUUCAAAACCAAAACCAAUCACGCCAUCAAAUAAAACAGAUGGUCAGAAGAAAGACUGA